CAGCUCGACUCGCAGUCUCACUCCCUGAUUUCUCGGCGGCGGGACCGAGACGUCCUCCGCAGGCGGCUGGCCCAUCUUCCCCCACCGCUGCGGUCCUACAGCGGCUGAUCCUCUCCCAGCCCGGCAGAUUGGUCGUCACCCUCGCUAGUCGGCAGCUUCACGACCCUGUGUGUCACAAGCCUUGCGGUGGGCACCGAACACCCCUGGAGCCACAAAGUGGGAUGUUGUUCGGACAGUUGCGCUAAGUGACCCCACACUGGGCCCAGGUCGCUCUAGCUUCUGGCCACCGCCUGAGAGGCGGCGGCGGAGGGGAUGAGCACCGGACGCGCAAAGCGCCUACCGCGAGCUAUCCCUGAGAGUGGACACCAAGCAGGGCUCCUCGAAGGACCGCGCGGACCUUUACCUCCCCCGGUACAAGGUGGCUUCUUGUUGUGCCUCGGGUCAGGAUGCUCUGGGCACCUCCCUGCUGCUGAGAUGUUUUGCUUCCAGGCUCUGCCAUCCCCAGCCCGGGUCUCAGGAGGAGACGACUGAGUGGGCCGGGCAUCAGCCCCUCGUUCAGGUGGAUGAAAAGUGCCGGAGGCCUUAUAUGGAAUCAGCGAUCACAUUUUAAGAGCCAUGGACGAAGGGGAUGCGCAGUCUCGGGCCCAAGAGCAGCUAGAGGCACCGUCCUCGGUAGGAGCUGUCCAAGAGAAGUGCGAGUCAGAGUCCUUCAGGUCUAAGAGUUUACCGGUCCUGCACAGCGCCUCCUGCCGGCAGAAUUUCAGUGCUGGGAAUGCAGAUGGCAAACUGGCCUUGGGUUGUAAUGAAGCUCCAGGUCGCCAGGAGACGCAUCUAGGACGGAACUUGAUAGUCCUCAGCCCUUCUGCUCCAUCCACUUCUGCAGGCACUACAACGGAACUCAUGGACUGUAACCACAGGAUGGACCCCAGCAAAACUGUGUCAGUAUCUUCCACUUUGGCCACACUCCAGGAGAGAAGGUGUCUCUACGUGGUCCUUACAGAUUCUCGUUGCUUCCUAGUGUGCAUGUGUUUUCUGACUUUCAUACAGGCGUUAAUGGUCUCUGGGUACCUGAGCAGUGUCAUCACCACCAUCGAAAGACGCUAUAGCUUGAAGAGUUCUGAGUCAGGGCUGCUGGUCAGCUGCUUUGAUAUAGGAAACCUGGUGGUGGUGGUGUUCGUCAGCUACUUUGGUGGCCGUGGACGAAGGCCCCUAUGGCUGGCAGUGGGUGGACUUCUUAUUGCCAUCGGGGCUGCGGUCUUCGCUUUACCUCACUUUAUCUCACCCCCCUAUCAAAUCCAAGAGUUGAACGCUUCGGCCUCCAACGAUGGCCUUUGUCAGAAUGGCAACUCCACGGCCAUCUUGGAGCCUCCUCCCUGUCCCAAGGACUCGGGAGGAAAUAGUCACUGGAUCUACGUGGCUUUAUUCGUUUGUGCACAGGUUCUCAUUGGAAUGGGCUCUACACCGAUUUACACCCUGGGACCAACCUAUUUAGAUGACAACGUUAAGAAAGACAAUGCAUCCUUGUACCUAGCCAUCAUGUAUGUCAUGGGAGCACUUGGCCCUGCAGUAGGGUACUUACUAGGUGGGCUACUCAUUGGCUUUUAUGUGGAUCCCAGAAAUCCUGUUCACCUUGACCAGAGUGACCCUCGUUUCAUCGGAAACUGGUGGAGUGGAUUCCUUCUUUGUGCCAUUGCAAUGUUUCUUGUGAUAUUCCCAAUGUUUACUUUUCCAAAAAAGCUUCCACCUCGACACAAGAAAAAGAAAAAAUUUUCUGCUGAUGUCGUUAUCGACGAUGACAUCAUCAAGGAGAAAUCAAACACAAGUGAACAAAUGAACAAAAAAGUUUCUCCAAUGGGCUUUGGAAAGAAUGUCAGAGACCUACCAAGAGCAGCUGUCAGGAUCUUAAGCAACAUGACAUUCCUUUUUGUGAGUCUGUCAUACACAGCUGAGAGUGCCAUUGUCACCGCUUUCAUUACCUUCAUCCCCAAGUUCAUCGAGUCACAGUUUGGUAUCCCAGCUUCCAAUGCCAGCAUCUAUACUGGUGUCAUCAUUGUCCCCAGUGCCGGUGUUGGUAUUGUCCUGGGAGGCUACAUCAUAAAAAAACUGAAGCUUGGUGCAAGAGAAUCUGCAAAGCUAGCCAUGAUCUGCAGCGGGGUUUCUCUGCUGUGCUUCUCCACUCUGUUCAUUGUUGGCUGUGAAAGCAUUAAUCUAGGAGGCAUAAACAUCCCUUACACAACGGGACCGUCUCUGACCAUGCCCCAUAGGAAUCUCACCGGAAGCUGUAAUGUUAAUUGUGGCUGUAAAAUACAUGAAUAUGAGCCAGUCUGUGGAUCAGAUGGGAUCACAUACUUCAACCCAUGUCUGGCUGGCUGCAUUAACAGUGGUAAUCUUACCACUGGGGUCCGAAAUUACACAGAGUGCACCUGCGUCCAAAGUCGACAAGUGAUCACCCCGCCCACAGUGGGGCAGCGCAGCCAGCUCCGAGUGGUCAUUGUGAAAACCUAUCUCAAUGAGAAUGGCUACGCUGUGUCUGGGAAGUGCAAGCGCACCUGCAAUACCCUCAUUCCCUUCCUGGUCUUCCUUUUCAUAGUUACCUUCAUCACAGCAUGUGCCCAACCAUCAGCCAUUAUAGUGACUCUCAGGUCCGUGGAAGAUGAGGAAAGGCCCUUCGCGUUGGGAAUGCAGUUUGUUUUGUUGCGAACACUUGCAUACAUUCCUACUCCAAUUUACUUUGGAGCUGUGAUUGACACCACCUGCAUGCUCUGGCAGCAGGAAUGCGGAGUGCAGGGCUCUUGCUGGGAGUACAACGUGACGUCAUUUCGUUUUGUCUACUUUGGCUUGGCAGCUGGCCUCAAAUUUGUUGGCUUUAUUUUUAUUUUCCUGGCCUGGUAUUCUAUCAAGUACAAAGAGGACGGAUUGCAGAGGCGGAGGUGCAGAGAAUUCCCACUGAGCACUGUGAGUGAGCAAGUGGGCCAGCCCAGCAAAGCUGAGAAAUACUCCCGGACUACAUCAUGCCCAGCCUUCAGCACCCAGGGGGAAGUCCAUGAAGAAACUGCUCUGCAAAAGGGAUUCCCAUGCACCACACAGACAUAUCCUGGACCUUUCUCAGAAGCAGUAAGUUCCUCUGCAGACCCUGGGCAGGACGAGAGCCCCGAUGCUGCUUUGUAAUAUCCCUGCUGAAGCCCGGAGAAGGCAGAUGGAUUUUGUUGGUUGAGUUGAAUACGGCAAGUUGAGAAACACCUGUGCCUUCUUUCUUUUUUUAGACCUCCACAGACAUCAUCCUCAAACCAACAAAACUCAGUAUACACAGCCACUGUUGAUGAGGGCUGGAUACCUCAACAAGACUGACAGCCUUUCCCCUCUUUUCUCCAGGGAGGAGCUUAGCUAGAUCUGUCGUUAUGUCUGCUAGGUUCACUUAAUGUUCCUGCUCCCGUUCGGUAGAAGCCUGAGGUCCAUGGUUAGCCAUGGGAAAGGCUAUGACCACACAUAUCAUUAGCAUACACUCCAGAUAAAGGUGAGCUUGACCAUGACUUUGCAUUUGCAAGUCAGAGUUUUUAGAUUUGAGCACCUACUGUGAGUUCUCCAGCAAAGCACAAUUGAAUUUGCUUCAACUAUGCAAUUUGAUUGGAAAUAGCAAAGUGUGGCAUGUCCCUUUGGCUUUCAGGGAGUAAAGCAGGUAUCUUUUUCAUAAGUGGAAGCUGAAUGUUCCCUAAAGCACUGUUAAUCACAAUUUAAGCCAUAGCAGACUUAUCAAUCAGGUAGAAAAUCUCAAAUGCUUCAAAGAACUGUAUUCUGCAAUGGAAGGAUUUCUUAAGAUAUAUUUUCUCUUAGUCUGUUUACUCUAUCUUAAGGUAGAUCAAGAGGCUGCUGAAUCAUGCACCUGAUAGCUUGAAUAUAAUAAACUACAGUAUUCUUCCAUAAGGGGCUUUAAACUAGUGUGCUAAACAGUGUGGCUAGAAACUGUAAUUUGAGAUGCAUAAUAAGGAAGGAAAUGAUGGCCUUGUCAUCUGAGGAAUUCUUUCAGCUCUUAAGGGCCCACUAAAACUAGCUAAGACUUACGACUACUUUGACAUUCAAAGGAGUUGAUAAAGAAAUUCCCGAGGUAAGAUUGAGGUCCCAACUAGGGAAUUUCACUUAUAUCUUUAACAUACUGGCAAAUCUCUGCUGAUUUUUUUUCUGUAUAGAAAGAGGUCAUGGUUGCCUUUGAAAAUGAAUAAUUUAGUCAGGAAAACUGUACCUGGGAUAUGAAAAUGACUGCACAGUAGCCAGAUGUGUCAGCUGAACAUGGAAUAUAAUCAUACUUUAAAUAAUGAAUUGGAACGUAAAGCAAGCUAGUCUACCAUACUGAAUCCUGCACUCUCAAAGCUAGCAUCAUUUCACGGUGCCCUUUGUAUCUGUGUUCUUCUAUCCUUCCUUAAGUGGCUCUGAGACAGGAUAAUUCCCUUCCUAAAGGCACCUUGGGUCCAUUGACAGCAUUAUCUCAGCUUCAUUGCUGCUCAGGAUGCUUAAGACAGAGGCCUCUUGGCAAGCUUUGUGCAUUGAUGGUAACUCAUGGGAUCUGGCUACAAUGGGCCAAGAUGUCCAAAGCGCCAUAAAAUUGUGGCCUCUCUGUCAAGAACCUCAUGUCAUGUAAGGCGACCUCAGGAAAUAUUUUUCCAUCUGGAAGAGAGGAGGCUGGCAGACAGGCCAUGAUUCAGACACCUACAUUCUUGGCAGGCCACAUAGGUAGAAUUUCCAGUAUUCUUAAUACAGUUCCUGGGUAUAGGAUUGAUUUCCUGUCCAUGUAGGAAACUCACUAGUCAAGUGGUUUUUCGGGGUUCGUGCAGUUUGUGGAGGAGGCAUUCACCCUUAGACUGGGUAAUGUCUAUAAGAGAUGGAGCUAGUGCCUAGGUGAAAAGAACUUUGCUUUGAGUCCUGGGCUUGGCUGCCAUGGAGGUGGGGUCAUGCUUAGCUGUGAUAGAUUGUGAAUGCUGUGUGUCAGAUUUAGACCAGUGUAACAGACAUGAGAGGCUUUCAUAAAGUAGUGAAGAUUAGCCCACAGUGUACUCCUGGGACUUGGUGUCCCUCAUUGGCUUCUGUGGGUGAUUUAGAAGGGAUAGUGAGUGUCCUUUGGUGUUGAUGGUAUGCUGUAUAGGCUGUAGAGAGGUGGUGCUUUCUUAAUUUUUUCUGUGAUAAGAUAUUAUAUGAAGAGAUUUCUGGUGGACUUGGACCUGUUUCGGUACUAAGAUUGAUGGGCUCACCAAGGGUACUUAGAAAGCUUCGGGUCCCUUUUUCUACCUUGAAUUCAGUCCAGCAAUUAAUUGCUGACUGGGCACUGGUUAUGUGUUGAUACCAUUCACUGCUCCAUGAAAUCCUUUGGAAGGCUGAGGUCAGAACUCAGACAUUGACCUGGGAUGUGCACUACAAUGUGCAAAUAUUAAAUAUUAAUAUUAAGUAGCAGUGUAUCAUUAACGUGCUGGUGGUGACUGUAGAGUAAGUCCUCAAAGUCCUGAGGGAAUGAAGUCCUGCAUUAUAUAUCAAUUAAAGACUGCUCUCCAGAGGGUUUGGGGCUCUGGUAGCAUCAUCUGAAUAUUGCCUAGCCAAUGAGUGGGUAUUUCAUAGGCAGUACCAUUCAAUUGUACAUAUAGAAGAGGUCUUCUGUUUCUAGCAAACUGGUCGUUUUACUUGUAGUCGCAGCUCUUAUCAGAAACUUUAAUUUCUUUCUGAGCAUAGGCUUUGAAUUAUUUGUUUUGACAAAAGGGCAAGUUGCUCUUAUAUCAUCUCUAUAAAUUAAUGUGUUGUUUGCCUCUAAUAUGCAAAUGUAAUGUGCAGCUCAUUGACUCCCAAGGGCCUAGGGAGGAAGUAGGGAGAACCUUCUUCGGAUUUUCUUCCUUAGUAUGAGGUUCUUGUGUCAUGGAGGUGGAGUUUCUAGUUGAAAACAGUCAAAAGUCAUUGAGAACACCAUAGGGAAGGUGGGAAAGAGCAUUUGGUGUGGCGGCCAUUUGCAGAAUGUCUCCCAACACUCAGCACCCACGACAUUUCCUGGGUUAGGAGCAUGGAAGCAAUGCUUCCCUUCAGUGCUUCAGGACUGAGCGAGGGACCCUGCGUAUGAUAUGUUCUCUCUCCCCGAGCAGCACUCUAGCCUUCUCUGGAAAGGAUUCUUGUUUUCUUUGUUUAAAAAACAGAUUUGAACCCUAGGCUCGCAAAGUUAAAGCCAGUUCUUUAGGGUGGCCCAGAGCAGCAGUGACAGGGGCAGGGUGGUAUGUCCACUGUAAAGUAAGUUAGCACCCAUCACUUUUGACAUAUUAUUCUUUUUGAGGUUUUAGAGACAUUCUUCAAAGUAGAGACAUUUCCUUGUAUGAACACAAGAAAUAUAGCACAUACCUGUGGGAGCCACCCACACUUCAUGGUUAAUUAGAUUUUUUCAAAGUAAGUGUUAUUUAUGUAGCCAAGUAUAAUAUUAAAAUCAUUUAUUAUAACUUACCUCAAAUAUUUGUUUAUAGGUUGAGUUUAAUUGUGAACACAUUCAGUUUGGGUAUUAGUUAGGAUCUUAGCAGCAUUUCCUAAAGUGAAAUUUUAUGAAGAAAAGGUUAAUUCUCAUUGGUUGUAUCUGAGCUUUGGGGGUUUCAGGUAUAUUAUUAUUUUUUUCUCUCUCCUGUCAGUAGAGUAACAUUUAUGCUAACCUGUAGACAGCCAUGGGUUUUCAUAUUCUUAGUGAAGAUUUAAAAAGAACAUAGAAAAUAUACUCCAAGCCACAGACCCAUCUGUCACCUCAAGUGACUGUGAUGGUUAACUGUAUCUUUGUACUCAGGGAAGCCAGAACCUGCAGGAGUUGGUAGAGUGAGGCUCCCAAAGCUCUCAGAAUCCCAUCCCACCAACCACCCAAAAUUUCUGUUUAUUCCACAGCUCUGGGUCACAGUCUUUGAUGAACUUCUAGCCAGAAAGUGUUUUGUGUGUUUUGUUUUCAAGGCUGCUUUGUAGAACCCUGUGUGCACCAAGGAACAUCACCACAGUGUGGCGGGACCCAAAGCCCCCAUGGGAACUUUCCCAUGAGCUCUGUAGCAAGGCAAGCACUUGCCUAAGGUGCUAGCUCUGUGUGUGUGUGUGUGUGUGUGUGUGUGUCCUAGAGUUCAGAACGUGAUGGUAACUUGCUACAGCGGUACAUGCUGAGUAUUCUAUGUAGUGAUAGAAACCAGAAUGUUGUAAGCCCCAGAAUAGCCUAGAAGCCAAGCACACUAAUUCUGUUUUCCAGACUUGGGAGUAGUCUAAUGCGGUUUGGAAGGAUGUGGCUGGCAGGUGAAGCUAGUGGCCUGGUGUACCUUAUUUCUAUCUUCUGUCAUCUCAUCUUUACUGGUAGUCCAUGGUCUACUCUACUGUCAAAGGCAAAGAAAUGCUGCUGGCAUUGUCUGUACCAGACUUCCUGUUGUGUUUCAACCAGAUUUGUGUUUGUCUGAAGAGGUUUAAUUUAAGCAGUUCAUUUGUACUCAGCCUUAAGAAGGGUCAAAUGUGACCAGGAGCUCACCUUAUUGCUGUUGGCUCUGGCACCAUUAAAUAUAAAAUGCCUUGGUGCUAAAGUAUUUGUAGAGGCAUGUUCCUCUUUGAAGUCAGUGUUUCAGUGCUUUGGGUUUGGAAACCUGGGGAUUUCCCCGAGAGAACAAGCCCCCUCCCCCACCUCAUUUCCACAGUCCAGAAACUCUAUUCUGCAAAUCUGAGAAGUAUACAGGAGAAUCCUUUUCUAUGCAAGAGUCAGUGCUUUUGAUAUUUAGUUUAUCAAGUAUAAGGAGAUGCUAAAAAUGACUUCAGAGAUAAAAACAUAUUUAGAUAAUCUUAUAUCUUCUGCAGAAAGUUUCAAGCCCUGUGAGCUGCCCUUUAGCAUUGGAUUCGACACUGUUGUCCUUGACUGGCAGUCUACUCUAUAUGUAGAAAGUGAAGAAGUUAAUGUUAUUGAAAAUGAAAAUAAUGGUAAGGAUGUAUUAAACUAAACUGAGGAGUAAGACGCGACAGUGGGCGGGCGGUUGUCUUCAGAUACAUACCUCUCCCCCAAACCCAAGUGGGAAUCUAGGAGCAUGAAGCCCAAGGCCAGCCUUUAACUUUGUAGUGUAAGGAAAUGUGAAACUGUGUCAAACUGGUAUUAGGAUAUCUGUGAAGUCUGUGUGUGUGUGUGUGUGUGUGUGUCCGUGUCUUUCUGCCUGUCCUGUGUGUCUAUGUACUUCUCUGUAGAGGCAUGUUUGUGAUGAAAGGCUGCUUUGAGUUAUAAUGUAGAGUUUGAUUUUUGUGGUUUUUAGAACAAAUAUUUAUUUGGAGACCUGGUAUGGCAUGGAGGGCCGUAUGACUUAUUUCUUUAUGUUUAAUGAAACUGAUUGUCAAAGGACUAAUAAACCUGGGUUUACAACACCAUGAA